UCUAUAAACAACUCUGGUUCAGAUUUUCUGGAACUGGGCUGUUUCUUUCUCUUCCUCUCUAAGCAAGUCUCCUUUUCCCCCUUUCUUAUUUCCAUUUCUCUUAAAAGGGAGCUGGGAAGGAGAUUCUGGGUCACCACGCUGGCCACCAUCCCCUGCUGUGAGAACUCCACCACGAUGAAUGACAUCCUGCCAAGUCUCAGCAUGAAGGGACAAGGCAAGAAGCAGAAUGGAGAGGCCCAGAAUCACGGCCAUAAACAACUGGCCUACAGCAUAACAGACACCCCACCCUGGUACCUCUGCAUCUUUCUUGGGAUUCAGCAUUAUCUCACAGCCCUGGGCGGGCUUGUGGCUGUGCCUCUGAUCCUGUCCAAGUCCCUGUGCCUGGAGCAUGAUCCCCUGACCCAGAGCUAUCUCAUCAGCACCAUAUUCUUUGUGUCUGGCAUCUGCACUCUCCUCCAGGUGUUUUUUGGUGUCAGGUUGCCUAUUCUCCAGGGUGGGACAUUUGCCUUUUUGACCCCAUCCUUAGCGAUGCUCUCUCUUCCCGCAUGGAAAUGCCCUGAUUGGACUCUCAAUGCCACGCAGGUGAAUGUCAGCUCUCCGGAAUUCACUGAAGAAUGGCAGAAAAGGAUUCGAGAGUUACAGGGUGCCAUCAUGGUGGCUUCCUGUGUCCAGAUCAUUGUGGGAUUCUCUGGCCUCAUUGGCUUCCUGAUGCGAUUCAUUGGCCCCCUGACCAUUGCCCCAACCAUCUCCCUUGUGGCUUUGCCUCUUUUUGACUCUGCAGGGACUGAUGCUGGGAUCCACUGGGGCAUCUCCGCUAUGACCAUCUUCCUCAUUGUACUGUUUUCUCAGUACCUGAAAAACAUCCCUGUGCCAGUACCUGCUUAUGGGCAAGUCAAGAAGUGUCAUGUUUCUAAGCUCUACCUGUUUCAGAUCUUCCCAGUGCUACUGGGGCUCUCCAUUUCUUGGAUCAUCUCCUUUGUGCUUACUGUCACCAAUGUCUUCCCUUCGGCCCCUUCAGAAUAUGGUUAUUUGGCCCGUACAGACAUCAAAGGCAGUGUUCUGUCCCAGGCCCCUUGGUUCCGCAUCCCUUACCCAGGGCAAUGGGGACUUCCCACCAUCAGCUUGGCUGGAGUGUUCGGUAUCAUCGCCGGGGUGAUCUCCUCCAUGGUGGAAUCAGUGGGGGAUUAUCACGCCUGCGCCCGGCUCGUAGGGGCCCCGCCCCCUCCGAAACAUGCCCUCAAUCGGGGCAUCGGCAUCGAGGGCAUUGGCUGCCUGCUGGCAGGAGCGUGGGGCACUGGGAACGGCACCACCUCUUACAGCGAGAACGUUGGUGCCCUGGGCAUCACCAGGGUGGGGAGCAGGAUGGUGAUCAUUGCUGCGGGCUGUGUGCUGCUCCUGAUGGGCGUAUUUGGGAAGAUUGGGGCUGCUUUUGCCACCAUACCAACCCCUGUGAUCGGGGGUAUGUUCCUAGUAAUGUUUGGAGUUAUCACAGCUGUGGGAAUUUCCAAUCUACAGUAUGUGGACAUGAACUCUUCCAGAAACCUCUUUGUCUUUGGCUUCUCCAUCUACUGUGGGCUGACUGUUCCUAACUGGGUGAACAAGAAUCCAGAACGAAUCCAGACAGGAAUUCCCCAAUUGGAUCAAGUGGUCCAGGUUCUGCUCACCACUGGGAUGUUUGUGGGUGGAUUCCUGGGUUUUGUACUUGACAACACUAUCCCAGGAAGUCAAGAAGAAAGAGGUUUCACAACAUGGAACCAAAUACAUGAAGACUCAGAGGAGGCCCAGAAAGUCUCAGAGAUCUACAGCUUCCCUUUUGGGAUUGGCUCCAAGUUCUGUACUGCUUCUUGGCUCUCGUAUAUCCCCUUUUGGCCCAAGCCAGUGCAUGGAGGGGAAGCAAUGGAAAGGGAGCAUCAUCCCAUAGAGGAGAAUGGUCAUAUUUCAAUGGAAUCGAGGGGAAAGAUGGAAACAAGAAUGUAAAGAUACUUCUUCUCCUAGUCAGGAACAUCCCAGAAGAGACAAUGGUUUGAUAGACCUCUAUUUUUUGAAUGGAUACCUUAAAGCACUAAACUUAAAGUAACUAAAGUUACUAAUUCACCUAUGCACAAAUCAACCUUUCUCCACAACCUGUUUCCCACUUAUAAUGUACUUGAACUGUGUAUCCUGAAAUAUACAAAAUACUAAUUUUAUUAUUGACAUUAACUGUGAAAUAGUCUAUAAGUGUUUCAUUUCCUUCCACUUCCACCCCAGAAGCAUAAACUCAGCCUGAAUCAAGUGCGGACAUCAGCCCAUAAUUUUUUGCCUUCCAGUACUAUUUCUGCUACAACUUCUCCUUCCCUAGAAAAUAAAGGGAACUAGAAAGAUAGCUUAUGAGUGAGAUCAGCUCUUGGGAUCUUCAUCAGAGAUUCUGAUCCCCAAGGUCUUUGAUAAUUAUGAAUUCAAUGGAUAUUUAAUUAAUCACCUAUUAUGCCAAGAAUUGGUGCCAAGAAUGUUGGAAACACAAAGAUGGAAAUAAUAAAGAACAUGCUUUCCAAGGAACCUGCAAUCUACUGGAAGGUGGAAUUGACUAAAAUAAAUCAUCAUGACAAA